AGACAAUAAACUCCUGUAAAACCAGGGUAUAUGACAACUACUUUUUUGAGAGGAAACAAGAUGUCAAGGAGAAUUGUUCCAGGCUGCUUCUCUAGAAUGGUGUGGAAGAAACAUUUCUUCAAAGAAAGCUGCUGCCGCUGUGGUUGCCCAGACACCGAAAUCCAAAAUGAGGAGCUGGAGAAGAGAGGAAAAGGAAAGAAAAGAAAGAAGAAAAAUGAAAACAAACGAGUGAUCGUCUCCAAUUUGCCCUUUGGAAUUCAGAAGUGGAAGGAAAAUCCAAAUAGACACUACGGCUCCAAUAAAAUCAAGACCACAAAAUACACCAUCCUGACCUUCCUCCCCAAAAACAUCUACGAGCAGUUCCACCGCUUCGCCAACGUCUACUUCGUGUUCAUUGCCCUGCUGAACUUUGUGCCAGUGGUGAAUGCCUUCCAGCCAGAGGUUUCUCUGAUCCCCAUCUGUGUCAUCAUGGCCAUCACAGCCAUCAAAGAUGCCUGGGAGGACUUCAGGAGGUACAAGUUAGACAAAGAGAUCAAUCACAUGGGGUGUUACAUCUACAGCAGGGAGGAACGUGCUUACGUGGAGAGGUGCUGGAAGGACGUGAGAGUGGGGGACUUUGUGCAGCUGCAGUGCAACGAGACCAUCCCAGCUGACAUCCUGCUGCUCCACUCCUCCGACCAGAGCGGGAUCUGCCACCUGGAAACCGCCAACCUGGACGGGGAGACCAACCUGAAGCAGCGGCGGGUGGUGAGGGGCCUGUCUGGGCAGAAUGCUUUGUUUGAACCCGAAUUUUUCCAAAGCACCAUCACCUGUGAGAUGCCAAACAAUGACCUCAAUAAGUUCCAAGGUUACAUGGAGCAGCCAAAUGAUGAACGGGUUGGUUUUAACAUUGAAAGCCUCUUGCUCCGUGGAUGUACAAUCAGAAAUACUGAGGUUGCAGUGGGAAUUGUUAUAUAUGCAGGGCACGAGACCAAGGCCAUGUUGAACAACAACGGCCCCCGGUACAAGCGCAGCCGCAUCGAGCGCAGGAUGAACGUGGACAUUUUCCUCUGUGUGGGGCUCCUGUUUGUGAUGUGCCUCAUUGGAGCUGUAGGACAUGGCAUUUGGACUGGAACCUUCUUGGAGCACCCCCCUUACGAUGUCCCAGAUGAAUAUGGCAAUUUUCUGUCUCCAGCCCUUGCUGGUUUCUACACGUUCCUGACAAUGAUAAUCCUGCUGCAGACUUUAAUCCCCAUUUCUCUCUAUGUGUCAAUUGAGUUGGUUAAAUUGGGCCAAGUCUUCUUAAUUCACAAUGACAUUGACCUGUAUGAUGAAGCAGCAGAUUUGCCCAUCCAGUGCCGUGCCCUAAAUAUUUCUGAAGAUCUUGGACAAAUCCAGUAUAUCUUCUCAGACAAAACUGGGACACUAACAGAAAACAAAAUGGUAUUUCGACGCUGUACUGUUGAUGGAAUUGAGUUUUCCCAUCAGGAAAAUGCCAGGCGCCUGGAGACCCACAAAGAGCUGGAUUUGGAUGAUGAGGACUUUACAAAACUUCAACACUUCACUCUCCCUACCCCGAAUCUUGGGAGAGCAGCCUGUGCCCAGCAGAGCCCCCCCGGAGCCCUGCGGCGCUGCCAGAGCGCCCGCGCGCGGGUCCAGGGCCACGCCAGGAGCAGGUCCCUGGGCAGGAGGGACAGCAGCCAGUCCCAGGUGGCCUUCAGCAGCACCAUCGAGAAGGAUGUGACUCCCGACAGCAGGCUGCUGAGGAGGGUGAGAGAAGCUGCACUCCAGACUGAAAGCCUUUCUCCUCUUAUUCCUACGAGAACUUCCACAGUCUUUGCUGACUUUUUUCUUGCCCUUGCCAUCUGCAACACAGUGCUGGUGUCCACAGCCACCGAGCCAAGACAACGGGUCACGAUUCCACCACCAAUAAAACCUCCAGGAAUCACCCUGGAGAAGAUUCACCAGAUAUUUCAAAGGCUAAAGUUAGCAAGCCUCAGCCAGUCCUUUUCCACAUCCCAGUCCAGCUCUGAGCUGGGUGCGAGUUUUGGUGCGAGGGGCCCCGAGGAGCCUCUCCCUGCCCUGGGCAGCGGUGACAGAGGUGACAGCGGUGACAGAGGUGACAACGGUGACAGAGGUGACAACGGUGACAGCGGUGACAGAGGUGACAGCGGUGAUAGCGGUGACAGACGUGACAGUGGUGACAGCACGGACAUGGGCCCUGCCUCCCUGGAGGAGGUGUUCCAGUCUGUGAGCAGCAGCUCUCUGCCCCCGGCCUUGUGCUACGAGGCCGAGAGCCCUGACGAGGCCGCCCUGGUGCACGCGGCCCAGGCCUACAGCUUCAGCCUGGUGUCCCGCACCCCCGAGAGGGUGACAGUGCGCCUGCCUCAGGGCACCCUGCUCACCUUCGACAUCCUGCACACCCUGGGCUUCGACUCCGUCAGGAAAAGGAUGUCUGUGGUGGUGAGACACCCCCUCACCAAGGAGAUCGUUGUCUACACCAAAGGCGCUGACUCGGUCAUCAUGGACUUGCUGGAGGACUCUGCCAGAGCUGAGAAGAGAAUGAAAAGAAUAAAAGAAAAAACACAGAAACACCUGGACCUCUACGCCCGUGAUGGACUGAGGACUCUGUGCAUAGCUAAGAAGGUCUUAAGUGAAGAUGACUUUCAGAAAUGGGCCAAUUUUCGUCGGGAGGCAGAAGCUGCCAUUGAGAACAGAGAGGAGCUGCUAAUGGAGACAGCCCAGCACCUGGAGACCAAACUCACCUUGCUGGGAGCAACAGGGAUCGAGGACCGGCUGCAGGAUGGAGUUCCUGACACUAUUGUGGCCCUUCGGGAAGCAGGGAUACAAAUCUGGGUGUUGACAGGAGACAAGCAGGAAACAGCAGUGAACAUUGCAUACUCCUGUAAGCUCCUGGACCAGAGGGACACUGUCUUCACCAUCAACACCGAAAAUAGGGAAACUUGUGAAUCUCUCCUGGAUUUAACCCUGGAAGAGGUGAGGAAGAGUUACGAGUGCGACAAACCGCGGAGGAAGAUUUUCGGCAUCAUCCCAACGGCCCCCCCGGCCCCGGAGGCUCCCAGUGCCGAGUUUGGGCUGGUGAUCGAUGGGAAGACGCUGAGCCUCAUCUUCCAGGGGGGCCUGCAGGAGAAGUUUGUGUCCCUGGCGCGGCGCUGCCGCUCGGUGCUGUGCUGCCGCUCCACGCCCCUGCAGAAGGGCAUGGUGGUCAGGCUGCUCCGGGGGCAGCUCCGAGUGAUGACCCUGGCUAUAGGUGAUGGUGCAAAUGAUGUGAAUAUGAUUCAAGCAGCUGACGUUGGAAUUGGAAUAUCUGGUCAGGAAGGCAUGCAGGCAGUGAUGGCCAGUGACUUUGCAAUAGCCCGAUUUAAACACCUCAAAAAACUACUUCUUGUCCACGGACAUUGGUGUUAUUCUCGCCUGGCAAAGAUGGUGAUUUACUUUUUCUACAAAAAUGUGAGCUACGUCAACCUGCUCUUCUGGUACCAGUUCUUCUGUGGCUUCUCAGGCAGCACCAUGAUUGAUUACUGGCAGAUGAUCUUCUUCAACCUCUUCUUCACCUCAGUGCCCCCUAUUCUCUUUGGAGUCCUGGAUAAAGAUGUUUCUGCAGAAACACUUCUAGGUUUGCCCGAGUUAUACAGGAAUGGGCAAAAUUCAGAGAUAUACAACCUGUCAACUUUUAUUAUCGCCAUGCUGGAUGCCUUCUAUCAGAGCCUCAUUUGCUUCUUUGUCCCCUAUUUGGUGUACAAGGACUCUGACAUAGAUGUGUUUUCCUUUGGAAACCCCAUCAACACCAUCUCCCUCCUGACCAUUCUCUUGCACCAGGCUCUGGAAAUGAAAACGUGGACCCUGUCCCAGCUGGUGGCCAUGAUGUGCAGCCUGGGCUUCUACCUCGUCUUCUCCCUGAUCUACAACGCCGUGUGCCUGCUCUGCAACCCUCCCAGCAACCCCUACUGGAUCCUGGAGAGGCAGCUCUCCGAGCCCACCUUCUACCUGCUGUGCCUGCUCACCCCGCCCGCCGCGCUCCUGCCCAGGUUCUUUGUUUCUGCUCUACGAGGAACCUUUGGAGCAUCUCUGAUUCUGAAAGCACAGCAAAUAGAUAAACUUCCUAAGGGACAGCGGGAUCUCGAAAUCCAGAAACUGAGAUCAAGGAAAGAAGCUACUUCUGGUGCAUCACCUGCACCUAAUGAUGACCUUGACCAAAGCAUCAGCCACUUAUGUGUGUCACCAUUUCUCCACCCAGCAGCAGCAGCAGCUGUGUCUCAGGGGCACACAGAGGGUCAGGGGCUUUCCAGCUCUGCAGUGAGUCCUUUUGGGAGAGGGACACCAGAGGAAGGCUACUGUUUCUACAACAGGUGGGCAGAGGAAGAAUCUGCUGCUACAGACUCUUCAGCAGGACCCUUUGCACCCAGCAGGGGAACAGCUCCUGGGCAGGGCAGUGGCCAAGUGCCCAGCGAGCCCUGGUCCAGCUUCGGGAGCCACCGGCGCUCAGUGAGUGCAGUGACCCUCUGAGCAAACCCUGACAGACCCACAGCCCAGAGACCCUCUGAGCAAACCCUGACAGACCCACAGCCCAGAGACCCUCUGAGCAAACCCUGACAGACCCACAGCCCAGAGACCCUCUGAGCAAACCCUGACAGACCCACAGCCCAGAGACCCUCUGAGCAAACCCUCAUGGACCCACAGCCCGGGAGAGAAGGAUGAGAAGGACACCUCAGGGCACACAAAGAGUCUGUUUGUGCUGAGCCACGAUGUCACUGUGAGUGGAGUGUGGAGCAGUGCAAUACCAGCUUUAAUGGGCCUUAAUGGGCUUUAAUGUGCAGCCUCUCCCAAGUGCAAAUGUUGUCUGGGUUUGCCAUCACCUGACUUCUUGACCUUCCUGGUUUUGUCAUAUUAGAGGGAAGUUACCUGAGCAUCACACAUCUGCUGAGAAUUGCCAAAUUACUUUAUUUUGAUGAAUAUUUUUGUACCAAAGUAAUAGGGAAUAAUUGUACUAGUGAGGUUUCAAUGUUAUUACACUACUGAGGUGACAGAAGGAGAAUCCAUUUUUUAUUAAACCAAGUCUUAAAGCAACACAUCCACUCUAGCUUUUACUAUCAAAGUCUUAAAAAGACUUCACUAACUUAAAAAUUACAGUUCUGCCUCGAAAAAAUGUUACCUCUGAGUACUAAAGGUACUUGAAGAAUAAAAAAAAUUGAAAGACACUAGAGAAUGUUCCAGGUUUUAAUAUAUGGACUUUAUACAUAUAACAAUAUUAAGUCCAUAGCCUGUUUUCCCUGAACAGUAAGCUCAGUACUUUUAUGCAGGUAGUGGUUUGACCUGAUACUGUUAAGAAAAGGACAAAUGAGUUUAUAAAGAAGAAGAAUACAAAUACUGAACUGCAAGAACUGCCAGGAUAACUCAGUGAUAAGUGGAGUCUACUUCUUCAUACCUACAAAAGCAGACAGAUAAAACAAGUCACAUUUAAGGAUUUAUGUCCUAGAAUUCUGAAGUUGUCCCUGAUUUUUCAUCUGGAAAUUCAGUUUCUUCCUUCCAUUCAUUGUAUUCUCAUGUGGUGUUGCUGCUUCAAUCCAGUGUAAAUGGUGCUCCUCCCCACAGUUGGUCACAGUCAGUAGUUGAUGAGAUCUCAACAGUGGAGAUUGUGACAAGCCAUCUAUGAAGGUCACUAAUCACAUUGCAGAAAGUACAUGGUGUAGAAUGACCAAAAUAUACAUAAUAUGUUCACCCUUUGCAGUAUUUCAGGACAACAAGGUGCAGGAAAAAAACCCAUAAGACGUCACCAUCAUCACUACUUAUUGCAAUGCAAUGAAAGGUGACUUUGGUAUUUCUUAUAGAAAUGUCGACUAGUAAGACCAUUUCCCAAGUUUUUCUGCACAAUGUGGGAUAAAAUCUUAACUAGUUUUCAAUUCAACCUAUUUGUACUUUUGUGAAUCUAUGAUUGGUUCUGAUCUAAGUAGGUUUUUAGCCUUUUUUAUACAUGCUGUAUUAAUUUAGCUAUUUAAUACCUAUCACGUGUGAUCUGUUUAAUAACCUAUUUAGCAAAUACUAAUUUAACUUCUGUGUGUUGUAAUAAUUACUGUAACUGGGCUCUUCAAGUUCUUACUUUAAAACAACUCAGGCAAAAUUGAGCAGCAUAUCUGCCACUGGGACUUCUGGGAGCCAGAGCAUAUGUAGAACUGCCAUUGUUAAAGUAUUAAUUGUCAGCUGUAAAACAAUUCAGAAAGAGAUUUUUUUUUGCAUGAUGUACAGAAUGAAGGGAAUUAAGCAUAGCUGAGACUACUGUUAAUGGAGUGUGAGAUUGCUCAAACGUUUGCUCACCAGCUGGGAAUGGACCUGGGGUGACAAGACUGAAGAUCAAGCCUUUACAAUUCAUAACCAUGUUUUUAUAUUAAAUGAUCCAUUUCCUGUGAACUUAAAGAAGAUGUCAAUGUCUGACACAUUUUAUUACAAAAUGUGAAGUGUUUUUAUAGUAAUAAAUGUGAUAUGGUCAUGA